AUGAAUGCAUUCAGUAAAUUAUUCAAUAACACAUAUAGCAACGAUAUAAAUGAAUUGAAAAAAGGAAAUAUUACAAAAUCUGUUCCAACGCAUACACUACUAAAAGGUGUCCAUAAAAAAUCAAAGGAAUGGGAGUUUUUAAAAGUUUCAACACAGAAAAGUAUUGAUAUUGACAAAUUAGUCAAAAGGAAUGUUAAAAAGGAGGAAUGUGCAUUAUUACUAGAGAAUGUAAAUAAAAGUGCUUGUUUUUCUAAUAAUUGUACGUUUGCACAAGUUCCCAAACAAAGUAGCUCAUUCCAUGGGCAAGAAAAAAGUAACUCCUUUACUAAAAAUGCAAAGGACAUAAAUAAUAGUGUGUAUUCAUUAUACAACGGGAACAAUUUGUUAAGUUUGUACACAACACAGAACCCAUAUUACCAUUUAAAAAAUACUUUUGUCAAAUAUGAUUCUAAUUAUCAACAUGAUUAUGCCUUAUUGAAGGGGAAAUCGAAUAAUACUACUGAAAAUGGUAUAGGAAUUUUAACCCCCGAAAAUUAUGUUUCGAAUCAAUACGUAUCUCAGGUCGAUAUACAUACAAAUGGCAAUUGUGAUAAAAGGAAAGUAGGACAUUUUUAUGAUAAAGAUAUCCGAUAUGAUGAAAAGGGUAGUAAAUUAAUAACUGAAAAUAAUGUUCCAAAUUGGGAACCACAUAAUAAUCUAAAUAACUAUGUAAAAUUAUCUUCCCUUGAUCUAAAUGUGAAAGGUGAAAAUUUGAGUAAUUAUAAUUUUUACGAGAAUGCGAAUAUUGGAAGGUCAUUAAGUCAUAUCAAUUCGAAUGAAAAGAAAAAAGAAAUUUCUGCUUAUGAAAUGGAAAUAAAAAAUGUAACACAUGAAGGGAUUACGAACGAGAUGGUAGGGACUAGGUUCGAACGAUUACCUAGUAGUGCCAGAUCUGUUCAUCUUGUUGAUGGCAGCACAGGUAACAACAACAGAAGUGAUAGUAAUAAACGUGAUGGUAACAAUUAUAGAAGCGGUAACAAUAUUAGUAGUAAUAAAAUCACAAGUACCAUAAUCUCCCCCAAUGUCUCACUGCACAGAAAUGCAGAACAGUAUCCAAAAUGUGAAAAUGGGAAUUGUCUAAGAAGAACUUUUUCCCUUAAAAAUAUUAGUAAUAAAAGUGUAAGCAAUUCAAAGAGUGGGGGAAAUAAAAUUAUCCCUUUUCCCAUUUUUUUGAAUGAAAAUAGGAAGGAAGAAGAGAAAAUUUCCAAAACGUAUUCAUCUGGAAAUGUUCUUGAAGAGGUGCAACUAUAUCGGAAGGGAAUGGAAAAUUGCCACAUAAUGAAAAAUACAAAUUUAAACAAUUAUGUCAAUCUACAAUUGAAGACAAAUGCUAACUCAUGUGAAAUGAGUAGAGGGUCUUUAGUGAAUGUCAAUCAGAAAAAAUACAUGAAUAAAAGUGAUGGUCCUAAUUUGUUACACAGGAAUAGGUUGUUCAUAUAUUCUAUGAAAAAUGAUACAUCAGUUAAUGAUAGCUAUGGCAAUUCCCUCAGUCCUAAUAGGCAAAAACUAUUUAAAAAUGUGUGUAGUAGUAAGUGUAGUAAAUGUGGUAACAGUGGUGGAAACAGUUGUGUUAGUAAAAAGGAGUUCAAUAAGGACUACAAAAUCGAAGAAGAAACACAUUUCAAUAGUUUUAAAUGUAAAAAUAAGAGCUAUUCUAACCAUAUGAACGAGGUAGUAAGAAAUAAAAAUAUAAUAAAAAAUUACAGCAAUAGCAAUUCCUUAGCUGCAUUGAAGAAAGGAAAUGUUGCUAAUAAUCAUGAUAAUGUAUCACGUUUUUAUAUGUUGAAAAAGGAAGUAAAUGACAAUGGAAAAAAAAGUAGCACACAUUUUAAUUAUCUUACUAGAGAACCAGUCCCUAUGAAUAGCACCAAAAUAUAUGACAACAAAGAAGAUUAUGAUUUGAUACUACAUAAGAACACGAACAAUGGAAAGUACAAUUUUGUGAAUACAAAUAAAUAUUGUUUUAAGAAGGAAGAAGAAGUUGGAGGCGAAAGAGACAACUGUUACAUCAUGGAAAACGUCAAAAAAAAUAUUAGAAAUGAAGAUUUUCAAAAAUAUCAUGUUUUAAAAAAGAAAUACUUCUCAAAUUUGCAUCCAAAAUUUAGUGCUACUUCGAGUGAUGUUAACAGGAUGAAGAAUGACUACAUGAUGAAUUACAAAAGAGACAACCUGUUGUUAUGUAAAGGAAAGAAACCCGUUCAACUUAUUUAUACCCCACCUUCUACGCCCAACCAUUUGUAUACUGCCAAAUGUUCAUCUUCUUCGAACCAUUUAUGCCCUGCUAUACAUCCGUCUUUUACGAACCGGCAGAAAGUUCCCACUAUAGCACAUGUGAAUAAAAAUAGCGAAGGAAUUAUUUCAAAAAAUGUAAAAAGGAUUAAUGGUGGUAGUGUUAACAUGAUUAAUGGGAACGGAAUUGGAUACAUUGUGAAUAGGCUAGAUGAUAAGAACCAUUGCGAAAAUCAUAAUGGUAGUGAAAAAAUGGAUACUCAGUAUGAUAACCAAACAAUAUACAUGACCAAUGGUAUCAUAAAUUACGGGGGAGAGAAAAUGACAGAUCUAAUAAAUGCUAAUAAACUCCAAAAUGAAUCAAAAAAAACAUAUAAAAGAAGCGUUAUAGAGAAAAACUAUUUGAAAUGUGAUAAUCACAAAGUUAAUAUUAAUGAAUGGGAUAAGCAAGGUGAAGAAAAGGGAAUAGAAAAAACAGUUGCGUAUGAGGAACUACAUGAAAAUAUCCCAAUCUAUUUAAGUAAUGUAACAUUACUAACAGGUUCGAACAGAACAAGUGAAAAGGUUAGUCCUGAUAAAUAUUUUCUUAAAAGUAAGGAACUUCUCAAUAAAAAAGCAUAUGAUAAAAAUAGCAACGUAAUUUUAGAUAUAUCCAAAGAUAUAACAUGUGCUAAUGGGACCAGUAACGCUAGUAAAACAACUGACCAAGGGUAUUAUUAUUUUGAUCAAAAUGAGAAAGGAUUAAUAAGAAUAGGAAAAAGACAAAUCAGUUUUAACGUACCCAGUGAAAAUGUGCACCUGAUAGGAAAACGACGUGAACAACUAAAUUUGUUUUAUGAGGAAAAAGAAGUGUCAAGCCCUUUCAGAAAUGUUCAAAAAAGCGGAAUUAAGGUGGACAUAAUAAAAGAAAGAAUAAAUAAAGAAACUGUGAAUGAAAAGAAAAAAAGCUUGCACUUAAAUAAACCAAUUAAUGAGAAUACAACCUGCACUGUAAAAAGAUGUAGCAUGAAGACGACAGAUGUUGAAGACAAAAAUAUGAUUCCGCUGAUGCCACAAUGGGAUUGUGCAAGUAAAGAAAGCGUACAGAAUGAAGAAAUCCAAAUGCUGAUGAGGAAUACUGAACAGCAAAUAGACGAAACUGUUAUCAAGGAUAACAAUAGUGGUAACAAUAAUGAUAGCGACAAAGGCAAUGAGUGGAUGAAUAAUUUAAAAAAUGAAAGUAAAGGAAAAAGGGAUUGCUUACCAGGAGACGAAAAUAAUAAACAGUCAUGCGAUUCUUUUUGCAAUUUUGAGAAAAAAAUAAACUCGGAUAAGGGAAAUAUGAAAAUUGUGGAAAAGAUAGGGUGCGUUACAUCAAAUACGAAUUUUUUUUUAGACGGCAUGAGAAAUAACAGUAUUAUGGUCGACAGUGACAAUCGAAAAAAUUGUGGAAUGGAAAAAAUUAUGUCAUUAAAAGGUUUCUCAGAUGAUAAAUUUAAACAAAGUAUGAACAUAGAAAGCACUGAAUUGGAAAGAAAAAAAAUAGAUGAGGAUAUUUUGAAUAUAAACAUAUAUGAAUUGGAAAACUGUGUAACGAAGUAUAGUAUGGAAAACUUAACAGACUCAUAUAUUUAUCACUUAAAUAAUAUGAAUAAGAAUACAAAAAUAAAAAGCGGCAAGGGGAAAUUAAAAAUGGGUACAUACUCUUUAAAAAAUAAAGAAAAUAAUAAUAUUUCGUCCUUAAGCAACAUUGAAAAGGGUAGUGUGAACAAAGCAUUCGUAGAGAUUGAGAAUAAAGCAGGCAGAUACAUCAAAAAAAGGGACAAUGAAUAUUACUUAAGUAAUGAAAAAUGUGAGAAAAUGAAAGUCAAUAACUUAAAAGUUUCAUAUGGAAAAUUCAACUAUCCUUUUAAUAACGAAUUAUCUACAGCAGAAAUAAAUAGCAAUAAAAAUGAAGGAGAAUGUGAUGUUGGUGUAAAGACAAAUUGGUAUUCUGAUGAUGGGAAUUCAAGUAGCAUGAUAAAUCAUAGUGUUAAUCAGUUUAAAAUGGAGAAUAAAGAAAACAGUGAUAAUUUUGACAGGAAUAAGGAAUAUAAGGAAGAACUGUUUACACUUUCUGCUCAAAAGUGGGAUACAGAAAGGUCCUAUAUGUUAAUAAAAGCCAGAGAAAAUAGUAACCAGGAAUUUUCAGCUAAUGGUGAUGAAGAAAAGAACUUGAAUGAUAUGAAAAUAAGCGAUGAGUUCGAUGGAUUUAAAGAGGAAACUAAUCAGUGCAAAUUAUAUGUGAAUAAAGACGAAACUGGUAGCAACGAUGCGAACAACAGGAACAGUGGUUGUAAUAGCCACAAGAGCUGCAAUAGUGGUAGUAGAGGCAGUAGCGGUAGUAGAGGCAGAAGCGGUAGUAGAUGCAGCAGCGGUAGUAGAGGCAGAAGCGGUAGUAGAGGCAAUGGCGGUAGUAGAGGCAGUAGCGGUUGUAGAGGUAAUAGAGAAAACUGCUGCAAUGCAGGUAAUGGACUUAAUGGACGUAAUAUGUGCAAGGCAGCUAGCAAUAAAUCAGAGGAAAAACUGAGGAAGAGACGAAGGAGAAAAGUGGCUCUACCAUGGAGCAAAGACAAUAUAGUUAAGGUUAAUUCGAAAAAUAUGUACAUAAAAAGAAAAAAUAAUAUUAUCAUAAACACAAAAUUGGCUAGAUAUGAAAGAGUAUUAAUACAUACAUGUAUUAGCAAACUGAAUUGGAAAAAGUGUAUUGACAACACAAAUAAAGGAGUGUUUUAUUGGAUAGGAUAUAAUAUAACCGAUUUUGAUCAUUACAAUUAUAUGAAAAAGAAGAAAAUUAUAAAUAGAAUACCUUCAAUGUAUAUGUAUACAAAAAAAAAGGCCUUAACAUUUUUACUUUCCCAUUUAUCCCUCAUAUUUCCGUCUUUGUAUGAUUUUUAUCCAAAUACAUUUGUAUUACCAGAAAAUAAGAAUAUUAUAAAAUAUGUUUUAAAUAGUAAUAACAAAGAUUAUUAUAUUAUGAAGCCAGAUUGUGGUAGUAUGGGUAUAGGGGUAAAAGUAAUUCAUAAAUACAAUGACAUUAAUAUAAAUAUACUAAAUGGGUAUAACUGCUACAUAAUUCAGAAAUAUAUAGACAAUCCUUUGUUGAUGUAUAAGAAGAAAUUUGAUUUUCGCAUUUAUAUUUUAUUGCUUCCAGGAAAAAAUUAUCCUAAAAUAUAUUUGUCAAAAGUUGGUUUUGCUAGGCUGUGUACUGAGGAAUAUAAAAAAAAAAGAAGAUAUAUGUGCAAUACUUAUAUACACUUAACUAACUAUAGUAUCAAUAAGGAUAAUGAGAAGUAUAUAAGAAAAAAAAAUAUUCAUGAUAAAAACAAUAAUAAACAAUUAUUAAGUGAUGUUUUUAUUUAUUUAAAAAAUAAUGGAUAUGAUAUAGAUGAUAUAUGGAGACAAAUAAAAAAAAUUACGUGUUUAACUUCUUUAGCAAUUUAUUCUUACAUUAAAGAAAAAAUAAAGUAUAAUUUUAAUAAUAAUUUUUACUUUUAUCAAUUAAUCGGAUUAGAUAUACUGCUGGAUGAUAAUGGAAAAGCGUGGUUAUUAGAAGUUAAUUCUAAUCCUUCCUUAAGAAUUGAUUACAUAGAUCCAAGCUACACCAAUUUUGAAAUACAAUUAGAAAGCAUGUUUGACAGGUAUGUUAAGGAACCGGUAAUAAGUGAAAUGUUUUUAAUAGUAUAUCAGAAAAUUUAUAAAAAAUAUUUGAAAAAAAAGAACAAAAAGUGUACAGCCCUAUGUAUUAAUAACAAAAUAGAGAAAAAAGACAAGCAUAAUAACAUAUUCAAUGAUAAUAAAAAUAAAAAAAAAACAGAAAAAAUGAACAUACGAAAAGGAUUCAAACAUGACACUUUUAUUACCUUGAAUAAUAGGAAUAUUAAAAAUUUUGUGGACAAUAAAAGAAAAAUUAAUGAAAAAGAUACAUCUAGUAGCAUUUAUUUAUCAAAGGAGAAUCUCAAGUCAGUCAUAGAUGGUAAUAACAAAACAAAUAAAAAAAGCACCUCCAUUGUGCAUAGUGAUGUAAGCAAAAUUAUUUCAAAUAAUAGAAAGAAUUACCCGAAAAGAGAAUGUGGUGCCUCACUGUCUCGUAAUAAACAAUAUGAUUUAUCAAGAAACUGCAACAUUAAUAGUUUGCAAAAGGGAAAUAUAGGAAAUAAUGAUCAGCUGAUGUGUAGUUCGAUAAAAAAAAAAGGAAAAACGAAAAAUAAUGUAUACUUAAAAAAGGAAAAUAUGAGUAACGUUGACACAUGCGUUGAUGAAAAUGAUAUCGGAAGUUUCAGUUUGUCCAAUGAAAUGGAUGAUGAGGGGGAUGGAGGAGUAGAAGAAGAACAAGGAGGACAAGGACGAAGAUGUGAUCAGUUUAAAGGAGACAAUCAUGAAGGGUCCACGGAAGGGUACACACAGAAAAAAAAGAAUAAAAGUAACGGAGAAACAAUAUCAAAGGAAAAAACCACAUCGAAUCAAAAAAAUCAGGCAAUCGAAAAUAAGAAAAACCUUUCAAGUCCGUCAAGCAGAAACAAUAAUUGUUAUGUAAACAAGGCAUUGCAGAAAAUUGAUGUCCAUGGUUAUGACGAUGGUAAUGAUAAUAAUCGUGAGAAUUUUCUUGAUGAAGAACAAAAAAUGAAUGUUAUAAACAAUUUAGCAAAGCAGCAUAUCGAAAUGUAUGAUGAAGGGGAGUGCUCCUUCUCGAAUAACAAAAACGUGUAUAAAGUGUCAGGUCUGGAUUAUGAAGAUAAUGAUGUACAAAAUGGUAAAUGUGGAAAAUCAAAUUUCGCGGAAGGAAUAGAAGGCGAUGGAAGUAGUGCUUAUGCAUACAACUUCUACAAUAGCUGCAGCAGCUACAGCAAUUACAGCAGUUACAGCAGUAACAGCAAUUGUGGGAAUUACAGCGGUGACGAUAGAAAGGACAUCAGUGAUAAGCAUGUGGAAAACAAUUUCAUUAACCAGUUGAGUGAAAGAGAAAAAAAUGAUGCGUUGAGGAAUAGAAGUAAUAAACGUGGAGACAUACGAUACACUAGGAAAAGAGAGAAAGAUUGUCUUGAUGAAGAAAUGGAAAAAAAGUGCAGUUAUAACGAACUUUUAAAAAGUGAAAAGAAAUUAAUGGAUUCUAGCAUUUUAAACAAGGAAACAUAUGUACAGAUUGAUAAUCAAGAAGAUAUUGAGUUUGAUAAAUUUUUACAUGAUGACAUAGAAACAUAUAAAUCAAUUUACAGAAACAUUAGUGAUAGUGUGUAUAAAAAGAAAAUCGAAAAUUUCAUUAUGAUUAGAAGUAACUUAUAUAAAUAUAUGAACUGCUUGAAUGUACUUGGGAUUAGAUAUAUUAACAAUAAUGACAUAAACAAUUUUGAAGAAUUGUACAAUAAAAAUAUUUCAUUUAACCUCAAAAAGACAUACACAAAGGUUAGAAAAGACAUUUUACAUCCGUUAAAAAAUAAUGUGUUAGAAAAGAAUGUAUAUAUAAAUUUAAAAAAAGAAGCGAGCAAAUAUUAUAACGAAAUGAAAAUAUACAAUGAUUGUUAUUUUUUAUUCGAUUUUAUUUUAAAAAAAUAUGAUAAUAAUUUAAAGAAAAACAAUAAAAAGGUUGAAUAUUAUAUUGACAAAAAUACAUUCCUCUGUAUGUGUGCAGAUAUAAAAAUAAAUAAAAUAAUUGAAAAUAUAGACAUUCCUUCUAGUACUUACAACAAUUUAUUCGAAAUUAAUAAGAACUCUCAUGAAAACCAAAUGUAUCAAAUUGUUAAAGAAGCUUUGAAAAAUAAAAAUUAUGAUAACAGUAAUAAUGGAAUGGAAAAAAAAAGGUAUAUUAAUGCUGAGAAUUAUUCUAAGUGCUUCAGCUUUCGAAAUCCCGCUAAUUUAUCAAAUGACGCUAUUUCAGAAGAUAGUGUUCACAAGCACAAAAGCAAGGAUGGAGAAAUAGGAAGAUAUUCUUCUCUCUGCAACAGCGUGAAUCGUGUAAAAAUGGAAGAAGUGAUGCAUAAUAAGAGGGGAACUCCAUUAGUGGAUAAAAACAAAGCAAGCGGAAAGGCUACUUGUAAUGGCAAUAGUAAGGAGGGUAAUAGAAGUGAUAGUAACCGUUGCAAUAAAAUCAUUGGUAAUAAUUCGUAUUACUCCUCCAUGUUUUGCCCGUUUUCCCUAGCUCCAACUUCAAACAAUCUGAUGAAUUUUAACACGAUAGGAAUUAACAGCACGAAAUACAAAGGUAAAAGAAAAAAGAAAAUGAACAUUUAUGACCUGGAAUAUUUAUUUACAAGACAAGUAUUCUUCAGCAAGUAUAUUAACAAAAAUCAAGGAUUAACAGUUAUCGACUUUUUUUUACUAAUGCAACAAGUAGCUCUUUUAAUAUUUCCAUUUAUUAGCUAUGUUAGUUCGCACAAUGUCUUAUACCCUUAUAAUAGUGUAGCUUUUGAUGAAUUAAGCAACCAAGAAAACAAUUUAUUUGCUAACGGAACUAACGAUACGGGGAUUGGUAAUGUGAAAAAAUAUGUCAAGAAUAAAAAGAAAGGAGAAAAGGAUGCAAAUAAUAAUACUCAUUUAAAAAGGGAAAAUAAUUGUAACUACCUCAUGAAUUCGUCAAAAAAGGACGUUAAUAAUUUUCUUGAGAAAGGAAGAGAGGUAUUAUAUGGGCCUCUUAAUCCAGAAUUGAGUAGAACAAACUGUACCAAUAAUGCAAUUCACAAUAUAGAGGGGAGAAAAAAAAAAAAUUAUUUAUGGCAUAAAAAUGUUUGCAGCAAUAUUUACAAUUUGUAUGAGUAUAUUCAAAUAAGUGUUAACCCCACUGUUAAAAAUGCUUGCUUGGAAACUUUUUUAAAUUUUAUUUUUAAUAAAUAUGGAAUAACACAACAUUCGUAA